AUGCCAGUUCUCGACGAAAAGCCCGAUGAUUUAGUGGUGUUUUGCCGGAUCUGGAACAAACAUUCUGGUGAUAAAUUCAUCAACGCAUCGAGGAAUGGCAAAAACCUUGCGGAAAGAAUCGCCAAAUUGGCGCCGUACGCUAGCUCCAUUCGUAGACGUAAUCCUAGGCCGUUUUCGCUCGCGAUCAACCAACCACUGCGUACCUUCAACGUGGUGAAUAGUCGACAAUAA